CUCGAGCUUGCAAGUUUGCAAGUCGCAGCUGCAUGGCGCCAGUUGCUUCGCGCAUCCAAGCAUUCAAGCUCAAGUGAUGAGGACAAGAGCUUGGAAAACCAGGAAUUUUUUUGAAUUGCUGAUAGCAGUGAUAUCAAAGGCCCGAAUCCUGCAAUGCUGUGGCAAAAGCCGGCGGCGGCAGCUCGGUUACUCCAAAUUAUGUGAGCAUGAUAAUCUUUUUGCUGAAGCAAUGCUGCUCUUAAAAAAUCCCUACUCCAAGCUCUGCAGGCGACCUACAAACACAUCACCAGGGUUAGGAGGAAGGUGCAAUCUGCCCUUAAAAGCUGCCUGCCGGUUUCUAAACUGCGCCGCACACAUCAGCCAUUCUUAGAAGUAAACAGAUUGCAUAGUCAGUUCCGGUGCUCUUGAAACUUUGCUCAACAUGUUUCCAAGGACCAGCUGACAGCGAAGGUGCCCCGCAUUGAGCGCACCAGUCCGCUGAAGGUGCGCUACUGUUACUUUCAAUGGCACACCCGUACUACACUCGCGCAAAAGACCUUCAGUACCGGGCUGCCGGCGUCCUCCCAUUCGCUGUUGCCCCAGCCGGACAGGUUCUCAUUCUGUUGGGCCGGGAGCGGGGUUGGGGUCCCCGCAGCCACACGCUGCGGUGGAAAGACUUUGGGGGGCACCGUGAGGCCAUAGACGAGGACGCAGAAUCGACAGCCGCACGCGAGUUCAGCGAAGAAACCCUAGGGUUGUUUGGCGGGCCGGAGGUCGCCACCUGCAGCAUUGCGGCGUCCACGUCAACAAUGAGCGCGCGCCUGAGGAGUGCUGGUGGCGUCUUUAGGGUUGACGCGCCGUUGAGGAACGGCGGGAGCUACUGCAUGUUUGUGGCGCGAGUGGCGUACAUCGAUCCGCUGCUGUUCAACCUGGCGACGCAGGAGAAUGCGGUGACUAAGGGAGUGGAGGGGGCGGAGAAGUGCGGGUUUGCGUGGGUGGAGGCGGGGCGGCUGCUGGCUGCGAUUGAAGCGGAGGAGGCUGGGAGUGCGAAGAGCGCUCAGGAGAAAGCUCUGAAGAGGGAAUGCAAAGGUUGUACUGAAGCGGCAGGCGACGCCGGUGGUGGCAAAUCAGAGAAAGCGUGCCAAGUGGCGGCGAAGGGGACUAACACAAAGUCUGAGGUCGAAAGCAGCGGUGGGGCGUCUGCAAAUGCAGGCGUGGGGGAAACAGUGAACGGCGGCGCUUCAUUCCGUAGAAGCGUGGUGGCUGUGAUGGUAAAAGGCCCCAAGCCUGCCCGGACAGCCAAAUGCGGUCGACCCCGCAGCAAAGGCGAUCACAGAUUGUUGCUGCAUUCCUCAUUCGUGUGCACGUUGCGGCGCGCUCAAGCAGGGGGGCUGAUGGAUUUUCUGGCAGGGGCUUGUCAGGGGGGGCCGCCGAGCCAGCCAAUCUUUCCGGCAGGGGGUACAGACUGGGAGGGCGGGCCAGGGAGUGUUACGCUGAAACGCAAGGAGAGGGAGGAGAAGGAGCGAGCGGGGAAGAAGCGGCGGUUGAGUUCGGAGUGCCUGGUGUACUGGGUCCUUCAUGCUAGGAAGAUUGGGGCCUUGGAGGAUGGUUUGGGAGUGGGAGACUUGGGAAUCGACGAGGUUGUGGGACAGGGCAGGUCUGGGGAGAGCACUCGGCAAGCGGUGGCGGCGUCUGAGGACGGGAGUCGGAUAGGGGUCGAGCCGGGGUGCAUUGGUGAUGGUCAGGAAGGGCUCCAGCCACAGGAGAGGUGUCGGGUCGAUGUGCGCGUCAUUCAGCGGUCCAGCAACAUUGCAAAAGCGAGCAAUGGAAUGCAAAAGAGAGGCGUGGAAAGUGGUGGGAGGGAGUUCUUGGACACGUUUCCAGCGGAGCAAAGGAGUACGGUCGCGGGCGCGUUCCACGAGGCUGCCAGGAGUGGCGAAGGGGAGCCGGCGGCGGUGGUAGCGAGCGUCCUUGCGCGCGCUGCCUUGAAAGUGCAGCAACUGCGGUUGACCACUGCCCCAGCCACUGCCCCAGAUGCCUUCCAACAGUCUGCUCCCGUCGACCUGCCCCCCUUGCGCCCUGCCGAUUCCGUAGGGGCCAGACCGCAGUACUCGCACUCAGACAACCCUGCGUCAGCAGCCCCCCCGGUUGUCUCUGCGCGUUUUGCGAACAGAUUGACGACAGCCAGCCUUGUACAUAAAGACGACCCUCUCUUAGCCGCUCUCGGCUCAGCAGCCGCUCCGUCCCUUGUACAUAAGAUUGAGGACGCGGCAGAUCCUCAAUCCGGCUUCCCCCUUGUAGAUAGAAACCGUAUCGACGAAGUCGGACUGGGUGUUGCAGGCCGAAAUGAAGCCCCGUCCUGGGAACUGUACGCUAGAAGAUAUGCUCUGGGCAGCAGCGGUCGGGAAACCGGAGACGGGCCUGUAGAACAAAGCAACUGUGCGAAAAGUGCACUUUUCACCCCAGGCGCUCAAGCGGCAGCGGCUGCUUGGGCGGAACUGGAGCGUCAACUGAGAGGGAUCCCUCCGGAAGGGGCGCUCGCUUAUGCUCGCUCGGUCAUCGAGUGGGGUUCUCUGGGAGAUGCGGAAAAGAGGAGGAGGAAGAAGCGAAGGCGGCUGGCGGUGGGCCGUAGGUAGUCGACGCACCUUGAACAAUGAGUUGGGGUACAACCUUCAGCGAUGCGCACUGUCAAAGUGUUGGGACCAGAGAGAGUAGGCGCCGCCGGUUGCCCUGUACAUACACUGUUGUAAAUAAUCGGAAAGGCCGUCCUUUUAUUGGCAUACUCCUCUCAUUCAACAAUCAAGCCUGUGCUCGAAUGGAAAAAGGGGUCGUUAUGCUGACAGCGUGAAUGGCGCAAAGGAUGUGCAGAUUGAUCCUGAUGUGGGAAGGAAUAAGGGGGCCGUUGUGUGCUUGCACGUAGCUGCAUGCACGACGCUGGAUCGACAGCCUUACUUAAGGUUCCAUUUAGCUAGCUCAUGUGGUAUAUAUUCAAUAACCUGUUGGAACUUAGGAAUUGUAAAUUGAUCAACUCGAGUUUGUGACUCGCGCUGUAAUGCCGGCAAGGCUAUACAUACGUUUAAA